AUGCACUUCCAGGACGUCGUCAAGAGCCCUUACUUCCUCCAAAUAGCACCCUUUCUUGUCCUUUUCGUCUUCCCGGCUCUUAUUCUCUUUGCAGCAACACAACUUCGCCGUCUCAGCCUUAACCUCAAUUUCUUGAGAAGCCUGAGCAUGGGCCUCGAAAGCUUGGGCAUAUUGCCUUGGCUGUGGUCCAGCUCGUCUUCGCAAUCCUCUCACUCGAGCUCACAUGGUCGACGACACAAGCGAAAGUCUAGCGGAAGCGGUGGUUCAAAGUCGAAGAGUGUCAGAACUCGGGCAGAGCAAAUUGCAAUGACGAAUGUGGGGAAGCGCACACAGGAAGACAAAUCAAUGACAGAAUAUGAGUAUGACGAAGCGCAAUACUAUUCUGGACUCGUCAAUAUCUCGGGCACAUACUGCUUCAUGAACUCUACCCUCCAGGCACUCUCUUCUCUCACCUGUCUGCAACCCCACAUUGAUUCAAUACAUGCAAAGGCGGAGGCCCUCGACGUUCCGACACCUGUCAUUGAUGCACUGCAGGAGCUGUUCCAUAAUCUCAACACCCCGAAGUCUUCGUACCACUCACUGCGACCUCAUGGCAUCAUUGCUGCACUAUCGAAUCCCUCGCCGAAUCCCUCAGGCUUCAACAGGCCCGCUGCUUCCUCGCUGUUCAACUCGCGAGAGCACCAAGACGCCCAAGAACUUUUCCAGCUCGUCUCAGAAUGCAUCAAGAACGAGAUGAUUGCCGUAGAUCGAGAAGGCCUCAGAGAUAGAGGCAUGGCCGGCGUGCUCGACUUCAGCAGGCCAUCAAAGUCAAAGGAGGACGAAGACGAGUUACGCGGACUCACCAGCAAGAGCGUCUUCGACGGCCUAACCGCGAACCGUCGGAGCUGCGUCAUGUGCGGCUACACCGAGGCCGUCAUGCACUUUGGGUUCGACAACUGGCAGCUCGCCGUGCCACGCCUCGCGACCUCGUGUCGACUAGAAGACUGCCUCGAAGACUAUACGCGACUCGAGAUCCUCAAGGACUGUAUCUGCCGGAAGUGCUCCGUAGUCGCGACGCAUAAACGGCUUCUCCAGGAACUGAAGACGCUAGAAGAGGCACUUGCUCCAACGGGUCCAGCCCCGACGCCGACGCCGUCGUCCUCAUCCACAUUUUCCCCCGACUCGCCUGUGGCCUCGUCGUCUGCCAUGCCCUCCUCUUCGGGUUCGCCGCAUAAGAGUAAACCUUCUCAAUCGAAGAAAAAGAGGUACAAAGAAGUUAAGAAGAUGGAGCAACGUGUAAAGAUUGCCCUGGCCGAGGGUAGGAUCGAAGACGAGGCCCUUUUCGAGGGAAUUAGAAUGGAGAAAGUUUUUAGCGCGGCUUCGACUAAGCAAGCGAUGAUUGCACGACCGCCUCCAGUUCUCGCCCUGCAUCUAAACAGAUCAGUACACUAUGGCCAAUACGCCGCCAAAAACACCAUCCGAGUUCACUUCCCCGAAGUUCUCGACCUCACGCCUUACACAACAUCCGGCAGCCUCUCGACCAUCCCAACCUCCUCCAUAUCCACAACCCCUCCGCCACCUAAUUUCUACCAAACAAGAUCAUCAGCCGAAGUUCCCAGCUCCGGCUCGAGUGCCGUGAGCGGCAGCGGCAGCGACGCAGCAUCAAGCCAACCUCGACGAUCAACAACACCAACACCGGAGACAUAUGCUCCUGGGACACAGCGGACGAUAUACAGGCUUGCAGCCGUUGUGUGUCACUACGGCCAGCACUCAUUCGGGCACUACAUCUGCUACCGACGAAAACCACGCCGGAUAGGCGGUAAAUGGGCGCCGCCAACGCUCGUCGACCCUCUUCGGUUCGAGACAGACGAAGAAGACUCGGACGGAGAGGCGGAGGCAACCCCGAACGGCGAUGCUCAUCCUACACCUUCGUCAUCACAGAAGAAGCCCAACGGCAAGGCGCCGGACUACUCAACCGGGCCGCGGUAUCACUGGGAAGACCGGACGGAGGAAGAUGCAGGGCGCAACCGGGGGUGGCUACGGAUCAGCGACGACUCGGUGGCGGAGUGCGGGAUCGAGAGCGUGCUCGCGGAGGGUAGCGGGGCGUUCAUGCUCUACUACGAGCGUGCUGUGCACCCUAAACCUGGUAUCUACCUCCGGGGGCGGGGCCGAGGACUUUCGUCGGAGGCCAAAGGCAAGGGUAGCAAUGGACACGCAAAUGGAAUGAGGAGGUCGAGGAGUGCGAGCAGGAAGCGGAGGGAGGCAGAAGGCAACGAGAACACGGAUGGUGCGGAGACAGAUGGGGAUGCGUUCAGCAUUGGUUCGGAGGAGACACUCAAGCCGGAGAUGAGAGUUGUGGACCUGCAUGGGAGCGUGGGGUCGCUGAUCAGCGAGGUGGGGGUUGGAGUGAUGAAGACACCGAAGAAAGACAAAGAGAAGGAGCGCGCGAGGGCUGAGAAGGAGAAGGAACGGGAGAGGGAGAAGGCAAGAGAGAAGGAAAGGGAGAAGGAGAGGGAGAGGGCCAUGAGCAUGAGCAUGCAGCUGCCCUCUUCUUUCUCUUCUGCUUCGUCGUCGUCGUCGUACACUAGCAGCACCAAACCUUUUGGCCCGCGGGUCAUUAGGAGCGUCACUGCUGGUCGGUCGCGCUCAACUACGCCCGCGAGCAGCCGUAUCUCUACCGAUACCAACCCCACUUCCUCUAAUCAACCCAAGCUCGUCAACGGCGACGCAGCACACGGGCAUAAUCACCACCCCGAACUCGAGGAUGGCGCAGAGGUGCCUCCGGAGAUGGUAGCGUCCGCACCCUCCAUCCUGGCAUCGACUUCGUCCAAGUCGUCGUCGUCGAGCCAUUGUUCGAGUUCUGGGUUAGGUUCGAAGUCGACAUUGGUGAUGCACCACCCGCCGCCGAGUUCUAUUGGGGUGAAAGCCCGAUAA